AUGUUCGAGCCUCUCCCAACUUACAAGCUAAGGAGCCGGUCCGGGUCCAAGCCCGCGCCAGAAACGACCGCAAAUAUAGUGGAUACUAUGGUGUUCAAGUUCCUCGAUCUAAGCGACCGGUAUCAUGCACGCUCGCGCCAACGCCAACAUCAGCGCAAACGCCUCUCGCUCACAACCAUCCCGACUGAAAGCCUCAAACAGAUCCUCCCCUACCUCUCAAAAGUCGAUCAAGCCUGCCUUGCCCUGACCUGCAAACCGCUGUACAUGGUCCUCGCCCACGUCCUCGAAAGCGAACUCUUCCGCUUCCCACGACUAUACCAACUUCAGCUUCCGGCUUACGAGUACGAGCUCGCUACGCUUGGGCUUAAAAAUGAUCAGAAUACUUUCGGCGAUGUACGUUGCCAACUCCUCCAUCGACUUCAGGAUAACCGGGCAAAGUACUGCGUGAAAUGCAUGAAACUCCACUCUCGCGGGCACUUCGCUGAGGCGGCAUACCAUGGACCAAUUUAUUAUCGACCUUAUUGCUGUUCUGAAGCCGGAGUCGUCGAUCUUUGCCCAUGCGCCUGCAUGACCAUGAGCGAUAGGCACCGUGUGGUGAAGUACUUGAAGAAGCUGAACAGAAAAAAAGCGGGCUACUUGCCCGGUAAACUAGGAAAGGAGUUUGCUCCUAUCAUUUACGACGGCUCUGACUUUAUCCCUGUCUCUACAACAGCGGGCGCAUCUGGUCCGGCUAACUCUCGAGCUUCAGCGUCAGCAACCGGCUUACCAGCCCUUUUCCACUCAUGCCAAAUCACCAACUGGUUUGUCGAUGCGCAUGUGAAGACUGUGCUCUACACCAGAAACAAAAACUGCGGUGGGAAAGCCAAACAGGUACUUGUCGCGGAAACCCAGUACAAGGUCAAGCUCGACAGCAGGGUGCUGGACUGGCAGCCGAGCGAGGCCUUCCCGGAUGCGCACUAUAAUCUGCUUUGGGCUAUGAAGAUGGCGGAAAAGGGUGUUCUGCUGGACAUGGAAGUUGACGAUCAUAUGCGCGGCCGGCAUCAGGGGACAAGGUCAGAGACUCUGACUGUGGUGCGGAAUCUGGGGAGCUGCGAUGUGCCGGCUGAUGGGCACUGGGUUCAGCAGGACCGCGCGUUGAGUGCGUCGUUUCUGAGAUUGAUGCAUGCGUAUUCGGACUGA